GGAGCUCAGCCUGUAAUCCCCGGAUGAGACCAUCAUGGCUGCCGUUCGCUGAGCUGUCAAGCUCUCCACAAAAGAAAAGAAACCUGAAAACCCAUGGACUCGAUGGAUAUUUGUGCAGCUACCUCCAUGGGAGAUAACUGGUGUGGCAAGAAGAAGAAGAAUAGGGACUGGCACAAGCGGCCCCUCCUCAGGAAGAGCACUGCUCAGCCCCCAACUAUGCAAAGCAAAGAUAAGCGUGGACCAAAGAUAGCAGAAGAGAGGGCACAAAAUGCAUUGAGGCCUUCAUCAAAGAAGUCUCCCCAUGAAGCCCAACACAGUCCAUACAGGACAAAUGACAGUGGAAAUACACUCAGGUUCACAUGUUCUCAGUGCAAGGAUAACUUGGAAUUUGUUCCCAAAGACUUACUCAGGCACUUUGAGGAAAAUCACAGUGGAAGUCUACCUAAUUUUCCUUGCCAUUUGUGUACUUUUAGUACGCAUGAGUUUUCCUAUCUUCAGGUUCAUGUGUUAAGCCACAAAGACAGUCUUUCUAAUUGCAGCAUUUGUAAUGAUCACGUUCAGCGCACAUGGUCUGACUUCAUCACACACCUGACUGUGAGUCACUGCCAAAAUGGCAAAUAUUCAUGUAAUUUGUGUUCAAAAUUCUCCACGUGUGACGUGAAAGUAUUUUUAGAGCACAUUCAUACACAUAACGUGGGUGUGGAAGGUGCUAAUGAUCUGCUGUUUAGCACGAAAGACUUUGAGGAUCAUUUGGUGCCCAAAACAGCCGCUUACAGCUUUUCUUGUCAGCACUGUGGCUAUGAGGCAACUCAUAAAUGGUUGAUUACAAAGCACAUCAACACUGUGCACGUUAGCUGUCAUGGUAACAAGAAAAAUAAGAUGCAUUCCAUAACAAUCAAACCAGACAACUCAAUUCCCCAAAUUAGGCCUCGAUUAACAAGAAGUGCGGUUAGAGAAUGCUGGCUGACACAAGACUGCCUUUCUCUCCCUGGGAGAGAAUUUUUGGAUAAAUACUGCCAUCUGUCUGAUAGACAAACGACACUAGAAGAAACUCAGCAGUUUUUAAUGAAGUCUGUAACCGGGCAAGCAGGUGACCGGAAAUGGACCAAGGCUCUUCAGAGUGUUCUGUCAAAUGUGCCUCAAGACAUUAACAUACAUUCAAAGGCAGAGAAUGGCAUUACAACCGACUCUGGAUUUUCAGACAGCAGCAAGGAUCUUGCUGUCCUUACUGUAAAGAACAAGAUAACUGUAGCACAGAAUGGCACUGCCUAUGCCAAAAGGUUCAAAAGGAUGGCAUCUGAAGAAAAAGAAACCUUUUCUCCUGAAAGUACUGUUGCUGUUGCUCAUUGCGGGUUUGACCAAAAUGGCUGUCAGUCAAGUUUGACAGAGCAAACACAGGGCUCGCAGUUUCAAACUAAACUAAAUGAUCAGCCAUCAGAGUGCACUCAAAUGCAGGAAAACCGAGAGAAUCGGGAAUUAAAGUGUGAAAAGGUCAUUGAGGAGCACAGUCAGAAAUAUGAAGCACCUAAAAACAUACAUUCCCAUGAUGAUGCUGUUAAUAUCUCCAGUGAGCUGAAGUUGACAAAUCAGACAGAAAAUCAGAAUGUGGUUAAUAAAGUUCAACCCAAACAUAAGAGAAAAAAUCUAAGAUGGAAAAGGAAGAAGAGAUCCAAAACGAUGGCUAAAGGAUCAUCAGGGUUGAGUUUGAAGCUCGUGUUGAAGAAGAAUCCUGUCAAGGAGAAGCAGUGGGUGUCACAAAGUCCUGUUCUGCCAGAUGACCACCAUGAUCUGCCAAACUCUCAAACAAUGUUAGAAGAGACUGCACAGGCCCUCAGUUGUGCGAUGACGUCAGAAGUAUACAGGAAGAUGUGGUCCAAAGAUUCUAAGACCUACAAACAUAGCCCUUCCAAAGCUAUGACUUCAGCAAUGCAAUCUAAGCUGGAGGCAGGAUGUGGGCUCAUGUGUGCUACAAAGACGGAAAAGUAUAAAAAUAUUGAUGAGGAGAAGCCUGCCCUACUUGAACGAUUGCCAUCAACACAUCCAGAAAUGUACAGUGACACAGAGCUUUCACCUCUGCUCAUUGGACGGGAGACUGAUGGGAAUAGCUCAACGGGCAAGAGAAUUCGGAUAAAUUUGAAGCGCGAAUCGGAGGCUGCAGCAGAGUUGUGCCCUGAGAAUAUGCAGCUUCCAGCCUCAAAUGGUGAUGCAGACUGUCAUAUGUCAGCUGAGAAAGCUUCAGCUGCUGAUGGGGUGUCUUCUCAAAGCAACAAUGCCAAGUGUUCCCCCCUUUCCCAACCUGUUACUACAACACAAGAUGACACAUGCUCUGAAGAUUCGAGCCUUACUCUUUCUUUAGAGAUGAAAAACCAGAGUGUUGAAGAGUCGCAGGAGAGGGAAGUACCUGUUGAUGCCUGUCCAGGUCUCCUUGGCAACACUCACUCACCAUCUGGGAGACCCAUUCAGCAAGAGACUUCACCAGCAUCUGCGGAUCACUGGCAGCCAGUCCCCAAACAUGUGGAGAGGACCCUGAAGUUAAUAGCCAUAAAUCCCUCUCAGUUGAUUAAACGUCCGUCAAGAGACCAGCCAGUUGUGGUGCUGAACCACCCAGAUGCAGACAUCCCUGAGGUCACCAAGAUCAUGGAGGUUGUUAACAGGUACAGAGAAGAUGUGCAGAAGGUUGUGCUGUCUGACAGAACACUGAGUGCUCUCUCAGCCCUGGAGGGAGAGGUCUCUGGGAAGAGUGGUGCGACAAGUGACCAAACGGAAUCUUUUGGGAGCACACUUGUCAAAAACUCUGUGCAAGAGCGGUUCAUCUUGAAAUUAAAACUUCGAAGGUUGAGCAGGAAAAAGUACGAAGUAAUUGAUGGCAUCUACCCAUGCAGAGAUGUCGUGAUGAAGUUCCGAUGCUGGUUUUGCGGAAGGGUCUUUGAAAAUCAGGAAAUGUGGAUGGUCCACCGGCAGCGACAUCUGAUGGAAUGGAAAAGGCCAAACUAUGAAAACUCUUAAAUGUCACACACUGGAAAACAAAGUGGUCUGGAAGAGCACUUUGCAGGAUAACAAAACAAUUUAAAGGUGAUCAUCUCCUCACUAAAAAUGUCUUAAUAAAAAAUGGCUAACUUUGAGGAGAUUGAAAUCUUUGUCUUGCUUCCUGGAGGGUUCUCAUACUCAGGGUGAUUUAAAGAUUUAUCUUUGUUUCUCUCCCAGUCUGAGUAGCUGGAUAUGAACAUUUUGUAGAUUAUUUCUAAAGCCACUAGAAUGUGGAAUAGAUGAUUUAGUUCUUUCUAUGAUUUGUAUUUUGUCUAGGCAAUAGCUUUAUUUAAGGUGAAUUAAGUACACUGUCACAUGGAAUCUUUUCUAAAACACUGUAACAUGUAUAUUUGCCAUACCAUCAGAUUUAUGUACGGGUAGGCUAGAGUGUGGUAGCGCUCAUAUAACGGGACGCGUAGACCCACAUGCUACGCAGAUAUACCAAAACUGUGUGUUUAAAACAAAAAGGAUAAGCUGUUUUACUGUUUAUUUAUGACUUGCAUUUAGCCUGGAUAUGAUUUGUUUAUGACUGGCCAUUGGAAGAAUCAAUUAUGUAAAAUUCUUGGUGUCAGCAAAUGAUAUUGAGAUAUAGUAUUCUUACUAUGGAGUGCAUUCAGUGAGAGCGGAUGGCUCUUGGAACACAACUUUAAUUUUAAAAAAGGAAACCUGUGGUAUAUGAUGUCAAUAAGAAUACAGAAAAUCUUUAUUUGGAAAUCUGGAUUUUUAAAUAUAAUGAAGCCUAGAUAUUUCUUCCCUUGAUGAAUCUCCUGUCUUUUAACUUGAAAUGGUAUUUUUUUUAAAAUUGCACUAUGAAAAGAGGAUUUAUAUUUCCCGUUACCUCACCUUUUCAGGCUUAAGCCUGUGACAAUCUCAGCUGGUGUCCUACUGUUGCUCAACAACAUCUCACAGAGCCGCGGUGACUCUGUGUUCCCCACCAUGGGGUCGUCAUUUGUGUGUCAGUCCUGGACUAUUGGACAGAUGUCCCCAAAACUGUGCAUGUACCCCUGCUUGUGGAUUGCACACAUCAGUGUCAUUAAUUCUGUGUAUAUAUUAUCUCUACAUUUUCAAUAAAAAAGAUUUAGAAAUGUAUAUAGUCCAACUAAAGGUACUUUAAAUUAUCACCCGUGAGGUUUGUUCACCAAGUGCCUACAGUGAUAUUUGUUAUGCAACAAAGCUGCAUGAGUAUGACAGCAUUACAUUUUGGACAGACAAUAAAUGAAAGCUCGUGGUAGCAUUCUGUGCAAACUGAAAAUGAGGGUUGAGUCACGAAACUUGAGACAAGUUUUAUUACAACGUACUCUACAUCCUUGCAUGGUUUUGACUCCCCACAGUACUCAAACUACAACAUUCCUUGCAUUAGAUUUGAUACAUUGUUUGUUGACUGAAUAUUUUAAAAAUGAAUAAAAUGAGUUAAGAACUGA